AUCGCGGCAUUCAAACAAAAUGAUCGUUGAAGUCUUGAUAUUGCUAUUAACAUUUCUUUUGGUAUAUUUAUUUAGUUUACAUAGACGCAUCCAGCAAUAUUUCGACGAGCAAGGCGUCAAAUAUUUGCCUGGAAUACCGAUAUUUGGUAACGCCUUCAAGAGUAUCUUCCUGCUUGAUCACUUUGUGCGUGACAUCGACGUUGUGUACAAAGCUUUUCCAAACGACAGAUAUGUAGGCUAUAUUGAAGGUAUAACACCAAUAAUCCUAGUGAGAGACCCAGAGCUGAUCAAGACAAUAACGGUAAAGGAUUUCGAACACUUCGUUGACCGCAAACCGCUCUUGGAUGAAGAAACAGAACCACUUGUAGGAAGCAACUUGUUUUUAAUGAAAGGUGAGAAAUGGCAUGAUAUGCGAACAACGCUAAGUCCGGCGUUCACCAGCUCCAAGAUAAAAAAGAUGAUGCCCUUUAUGACUAAAAUCAGCGCUAACAUCAUUGAAUACUUACGAGAUCAUACAAACGAGGAGAUCGAUGUGGAAGAUGUGAUGCGUCGAUACACAAACGAUGUGAUAGCAGCAUCUGCUUUCGGUCUUGAAGUGAACUCGCUGAAGGAUAAAAAUAACGAAUUCUAUAGAACUGGACAAAAAAUGCUAGCGCUCAAUUCCUUCCAAAGAUUCAAAUUUGUUGUGUCUACUAUGUUCCCUAAUGUUUGUAAGAAAUUAGGCGUCCGUAUAUUUCCCGAGGAGAAAACGCGGUUCUUUAAAAACCUGGUGACCAGCACAAUGGAUUAUAGAGAAAAGAAUAAAGUAGAGAAACCGGACAUGAUUCAACUUUUAAUGGAAGCUUAUAAAGGUACAUUAAAAGAUGAAGAAGAUGAAAUUUCUUCACAGGCGGUUGGAGGUUUCAAACCGAAAUCCAAGCAAAGACAAUGGACUAAAGACGAAUUAGCUGGUCAAGUAUUUGUUUUCUUUUUGGCUGGUUUUGACGCUUCAGCUACAUUGCUGGCAUUUUGUGUCCAUGAGCUAGCUCUUAAUCCGGACGUUCAAGAGAAAUUGUACCAGGAGAUCAAAGAGUUCAAAGAGGAAAACGGAGUUUUAACGUAUGAAAAUAUGAGCAAGCUUAAGUACCUUGAAUGUGUUUUAAGCGAGACCUCAAGAAAAUGGACACCCAUCAAUCUCGAUCGAGUGUGCACUAAAUACUAUAAACUACCACCUCCAAGAGAAGGUGCAAAGCCUGUAAAGGUUAGACCAGGAGAUGUUAUAUAUAACGUCGUGAAUUCAAUUCAAAUGGAUCCCGCUCAUCACCCGCAUCCGGAAAAAUUUGACCCAAGCAGAUUCUCAGACGAGAACAAACAUAAAAUCAAACCAUUCACGUUCAUGCCUUUUGGAAAGGGACCCAGGAUUUGUAUCGGAGCCAGAUUCGCCUUGUUAGAAGUAAAAACUCUUUUAUACAACUUUGUACUAAACUUUAAAAUAAAUAAGUGCGAAAAAACCGUUGAUCCGAUUAAGCUUGUACCUCAUGAAUUUAAUAUUUGUAUCAAAGGUGGUUCUUGGGUUAAAUUAGAACGUCGAACAUAGACUAUCAAUUAUCGUACAAAAAGUAAAUAAUUAUAUUUAAAAUAUUGUUCCUAAUUUAACGAUCUACAGAGACUAAUUUUUAUUUACAUUUUAUAAUAAUUAUGGGAAUAAAAAAAAAUAUGAAAUGCUUUCUAGCAUAUAAUUAUUAUUUUUAAAAAUGCUAAUAUGCAAUAAGUUUAUAAUAAUUCUCUCGUUUUAAGUCGAUGUAUAAACUGUUAUAUUAAAAUGUAUUUUAAAUAA